CCUGUUACAGGUGAUUCACUUGCAUCCAGGAAGGAUCAGCUGCCUGCUCUCCCAGCCCAGCCUGCAUAGCUCUUCAUGAAGCAACUUCUGGCCGUCCUGGCUGUGUUCUCCCUGGCUGGGACUGUGACUACAGAGAGGUCAUCAUGUCUGAAACAACCAAGAUUUGCCUCUACAAACUUAGACAACAUCCUGACCUGGGAAACUGAAGCAGAUAUUCCCCCUGGCACUCUCUUUGAUGUCCAGUACAAACAGUAUGGAGAUAAAACCUGGCUGAGCAAGCAGGAGUGCCAGGGCAUCACCCAGCCUUUCUGCAACCUCACUCGUGAGACAGAGAACUUCACAGAGCACUACUACGGCAGGGUGAGGGCCACCGGCCACAGCCUCUGCUCCGCCGGCUGGCUGCGCUCCGAGCGCUUUGAGCCCCGCAAAGAGACUACUAUUGGAGCCCCAGGAGUGAGCUUUGUGCCUUCUGUGCGCUCCAUCAAGUUCCUCAUCCAGCCUCCCUACACCCCCCUGAGGGAUGAGGGUGGCCACCAGCUAACCGUGGAGGACAUCUACAGCAAGUUUGGUCCUGUUGAUUACCACUUAACAAUAUUCAACCAAAGGACACAGCAAAAGUGGACAAAGAGUGAGCACAACAAAGAGUUUGAAGUCUCCAACUUGGAGCCUGACACUGAGUACAAUGGAACAGUCUACCUCUGCCUCUUCCAGAAGAGGAGCAAGCCUCAGGUGUUUUGGGUUAGAACACAAGCAGACAACACUUGGCUGCUCUACUGCUUCGUGGCCCUCGCCUUCUGCGCCGGCCUGGUGUUUGCUGCCAUCAGUUAUGUGAUCUACAAAUACAUCAAGCAGCAUGGGGCCCAGCCCACAGCUUUGGACUUCAGAGGGAUUCCAUCAUUCCAGCCUCUCACCCUGACAGUGGAACACAUUAUCAAGCCCAUCAGCUUGUCCAAACCUUCACUUCUCUUCCCUGAAGUGCAGGCACCACAGAUCAGUCACCGUCUGGACAGAGCCCUGGAGCCAGCAGCGUGGUCCUUCCCUCCAGCUGAAACUGCCUAUCAGCAGCAGGUGGCUGUGCCAGUGCUGCAGCCACCCUGCUUGGCAAGCACAGAUCCUUCCUGUUAUGCUCCCCAAACCAGUCACCAAAGUGUUCCUGCUGCCACCUCCAGCAAGAGUCUGUCCCUGACCUACGGCAUGUGCGUUGAGAGCACCGAGCAGCUUGACAGGAAGAGCUCCAAGCCAGCCCAGAGGCUGAAGGAAGCUUCUCCAGGUGGCAAUCUCAUAACCCAGGGGCUGGAUAAGAGCUGCAGCCGUUGGGAUUACAAAGGCCAGGGACCAAGCUGGGCACUGUGGCACAGCAGUGACACAAGAGGGUCGGUUUGCUGGCAAGGGCAGCAGCUGGCACUACAGACUGAAGGGGUGGGGAGCAAUGAGCCUGCACCCCAGCUGCCACUGGCCCUGCUGGAGCAAGGAGGAUGCUACAGACAGCAGCCAGGGUCCUCAGUGGCAGCUGACACAGACUACCUCAGGGAGGAGUCUCUAUCAGCUCUCCUUUCCUCUGUCAGUACCAGGAACAACUUCCCUGGAAGGGACAGCACAGAGCAGUGGCUGCUGCCACAUCCACAUCCCACAACGAAACUGCAGCUCCCAGAGACUCCAGAACAGCUCCAAGCAAGAGAGGAGCUGAGCUGCACAGAACUGAGCAAUGCUGUGUCCCCAGAUGCUGUCUCAGAUGGGGACAGUGACACUGUCCUUGCUAUGUUCUUCAAAGACUUGAACUUGCAAGUGGUGUGGGAUUAG